AUGAAUCCUUCAGAGUGGCUUCUUCCGACCUUCAUCGUCAUUGCCGUGCUAGCCCUGCUGUCAAAUGAAGUGGCAGCCAAGCAACAUUGUGAAGACACGUGUGAAGAACUUCGGCGGAAAAGACACAGAUUUUGCUACUACAUCGGAGGCCUGAAGGAGUCGGCGACGAGUCGACUGGGAGACAUCAGCAAGCCCGUCUCCUACCACCUUCCGCCGGAGAAGAUCUGCGAGAAACUGUCGAAGCAGGAUGGCCAGAUAUGCGACCUCGUCUACGACAAGAAGAUCGACUUUGACACUAUAGACUUUAAGAAGACGCGAGUCAAGGAGCUGAAGCGGAUCCUCAGCGACUGGGGCGAAGAUUGCCGUGGAUGUGUCGAGAAAGACGAGUACAUCAACCGCGUGAAGGAGCUCAUACCGAAGCACGCGCCCAAAUCAGAGCUGUAAGGGAACGAGAGGCGGGGCCGGGCAGAGCGGGGCAGAUCGGGGCUGUACGGACCAGGCUGUGACAUCAAGACGAGGUCAUAGGUCGGUCGUACAAACGGACAGACGGACGAACAUACGACGAUCGCUGGGUAAAGGGUCAGAGGUAGUGGUUGAUGUGGCAGGUGUGAGAUUAGGGUUGUGUGUGGAUUCGGUGAGGGUAGAAACCAGGGGAAAAAAUUUGUUUUUUUUCACGGGAGCUCUUUUUCGAGUCUGUGGAAGAAAAUAGCUCUCAUCAAAAAUUUUACGGGAGCGAUUUCGGAGGUUUGAAGAGCGAAUCGCUCAUCGCUCCCGUGUAUUUUUUACCCUGGUAGAAACGGUGUGAGCAAGGGUCGGAGGCAGGCAGCGCACGUGUAGUAGAUGUCACACUAGAACUCUGUGGACUCUCUGCAUCGGGCGGCGACGUGGUGCGGUGGUCCGUGUGGGAGAAUGUCGCCGUACGGGUGCAGGGGCGCCGAGCGUGAGUAGUGAUGGAAAUAGUUCCCCCGCGUUUUGCCGGACGCAUUGCCCCGGUGCUUCCGGGAUGAGGGAAGUGACGAACCGUCGCCUGUGGCAGCGACGGCGAAGCAUCUGUUUGCGCGCGAGCGUUUUCUUAAUUGUUCUAUCCGUCUGAACGAGAUAGUCGCAUUCUCCUUGGACGCUGUUGCUAGAUCGCUCCAGCUGGUCCAGUUUAUACGUGUUUUUUCGUGAAAACGCGCCAGGUUGUCGACUGUGACUCACUUUGUUACUAUUAAAGCACUGUAAGCAGCAUUAUUAGAACGCUCCCAUUGCAACUACAAGAGUCACUAGAGUUAGCUGUUGAUUGCUCCAGGUGGAUAGGGCCAUUAGUGUGCAAUCGUCGGUUUCUAGACAAUCGGUAAUAACUUCGUUAAAACAUGUUUCUGCGCGGUGCGUCAGUCAAUACGGCGUUUCACGUUUGCAAUCGUCUAUCGCAAUGAGGUUGUUUUGCGGUAAUUGACAAGUCGCAAACAAUGUAAACAAUUAAUUAAAUAAUUAAUUAAUUAUUAAUGUGAUUGCAACUAAUGUCACAUAUCUAGUAAAAACGAUGGGUUCGUGAGUCGCGUGACUUUGUCUGCAAGGCCACAGGCAGAUCAACAGCAAGUGCUGUCCCUAAACGACUGUGUACAUUUUAAAUGGAUGACUUGGAGACGAUAAGAGAUCAGUCUCUCGAUGUAGCGUGACGAUUGCAGCGAGUGGGAGUACAGUGGAAUGUGUUUUGGAUCUGAGCUUUCUUUGUUUAUUGCUUCGGUUGCACUGUGUUUCCGAGAUUAUACCGAGCACACCUGCGUGGGAUUCACCGAUUCAGUUUCCCUAGCAGAUAUUUAUUAAUGUAAUCGAGAGUAAAAUCACACAUGUUAAAUGUACUACUGGUGCGAUGCAGAAUGUAUGUUAUUUCACGUCCAAACACGCGAUUAUCUUCCAGAUUAGUAAUCGCUGGCCUAUCUAAAGCUACGAUACCAUCUACGCACAGGUAGUAUCGUUUCAAAACAGGUAAAGUAAUAAUUACGUUUGUUCAAGGUACCAUUUACCUACAGAUAGUGGACCGUUUAUCUAUAGGUAGUAUUCCUAUGGAUAGAAUACAGUUUGGCACAUUUGGCCAACCAUGCUCAGCUGAGUGUUGUGGACAUGUAGCACAAUGUCUGUGACAGGAUGUUUGUUACUUGGUAAACGUUACCAUUUUGUGAUACAAUAAACUGCAUUUAUACCAA